AUUCGCAGCUAACCGUUUGACAAAAGCUUACCCAUAAAUUUGUAAUAAUGGCAGCUAAGGUAAAUAAUCGAGAGAAAUAAAAAUAUAUGUAAAAGUUACUUGAUUGAGUAUAAUAACAUGAUAUUAUACAGCUGAUAAAAUCAAAAUAAUGUAAUUGAUAAAUCGCAGAAGCUGAAUUAUAUCUCACUAAUUUAUGUUUUUGCAGUUCGUCGUAGUCGCUAUGCUGGUGGCAGUUGCUCAGGGUAGCGCCAUCCACGGAGCUGACUACACCAGCUUCUCGUACGGUGUGUCAGACCCGCACACCGGUGACGUCAAGAGCCAGCACGAGACCCGCGUCGGUGACAGCGUAGUCGGCCAGUACUCCCUCCUCGACUCUGACGGCACAAAGCGCACUGUAGACUACGCUGCUGAUGCCCACUCUGGAUUCAACGCUAUCGUCCGCAAGGACCCCGCCCUCGUCGCCCACGCCGCUCCCGUGGUGGCUCACGCCGCUCCUCUCGCCUACGCCGCACCCGCCAUCGCAGCGCCUGCCAUAGCUGCACCUCUGGCGUACGCUGCUCACACGCCCGCUGUCUCCGCCGUGUCCGCUUACUCUACCUCCCUCGCCCAUGGUGGUUACGCUGCCCCCGUCGCUGCAUACGCCGCACCCCUUGCCCAUGGUGUGUCCUUAGGCGGUCUCGGUGCCUAUGGAUCUCCUCUCGGCUAUGCCAAAUACUAUUAGACGAUGUACUAUUAAUUGUGCGUGUAAAUUUAUUUUAAUAAUUUAGAAUUGACAAAAAAUUAUGAUAAAAUUUUACCAAAGUGGAAAGAUGGUUUGACGCUGUGAUGAAAUAAAUAUUUUAUAUGU